CCUGUUUCCGGUAAAAGUUUCUUGUGUUCUGAUGGUUAUUGCGUUAAAAGAACAACUUUUAAGAAAAAUAAUGAUAUAAAGACUACAUUUUCCAAAAAUAUUCAACUUCACAUCAAGAAAUUGAUAACAGGUAAAAAUGAGGUACCACAUUAGGAAGAAAUCUGCUCUAAAAAUUGGAGUGGUAGUGCUUGCAUUGAUUUUUAUUCUACCAUUUCUGAUCAGUAAAUUAGAAGGUAGCAGUAGAGAAAGUGAAGCUCUCAUGGAACGUAUGCGUAAAAGAAAGGGAAUUCAUCAUGAUACUGGAAUUCCUGUAAAAAAUGAUGUGGUACAAAAUGUGGUGGAAAAUCCAAUGGAGGCUAAAGAUUUAAAGCCACCAGAGCCACAGAGGAAGUUUGGACCAACUGCUGUCCUAAAACCAGGUGUAUUGGGUAACUUUGAGCCCAAGGAAAAACCAGCUAAAAGUGGUCCAGGUGAAGGUGGACAGGCUGUAUAUACCAGUAUGGAAGAGAAACUCAGGGCUGACCAGUCUGUUAGAGAGUAUGGUUUUAAUAUGGUAAACAGUGAUAAAAUUGCAAUGGAUAGGGCUAUACCAGAUACUAGGCUGGAUGAAUGUAAAUAUUGGCAAUACCCAGAAGAUUUGCCCACAGCUAGUGUUAUUCUUGUAUUCCAUAAUGAAGGAUGGUCCACACUGGUGAGGACUGUACACAGUGUAAUUGACACUUCACCACCACAUCUUCUCCAUGAAGUGGUGAUGGUUGAUGACUUUAGUGAAAAAGAACAUUUAAAAGGCAAAUUAGAGGAAUAUAUUAAACAGUUUAAUGGAAAGGUGAAGCUAUACAGAAAUAAAGAGCGAAUGGGAUUGAUCGGUACAAGAACAAGAGGAGCUGAGCUGUCCACUGGAGAUGUCAUUGUAUUCUUAGAUGCUCACUGUGAAUGUAAUAAAAACUGGCUAGUACCUCUGCUUGCUAGAAUUAAAUAUGACAGAACAAUAAUGGCAGUACCAACUAUUGACGGUAUAGACUGGGAUAACUUUGGAUACCACCCAGUAUAUAGUACUGUACAUCACAGAGGUAUAUUUGAGUGGGGAUUUCUAUAUAAGGAGAGUCAGGUACCUAAACAAGAACUGGAUAGAAGACAACACAACAGUGAACCUUACAGAGCUCCAACACAUGCAGGAGGGUUAUUUGCUAUGGAUAGGAAGUAUUUCUUUGAGAUGGGAGCUUAUGACCCUGGAUUGAAGAUCUGGGGUGGAGAAAACUUUGAAUUGUCAUUUAAGCUAUGGCAGUGUGGAGGUAGUAUAGAAUGGGUCCCAUGUUCUAGAGUUGGCCACAUUUACAGAAACCAUAUGCCUUAUGGAUUUGGUAAAGUUGAUGUUAAAAUACCAGUCAUUCAGCUGAAUUACAUGAGAGUUGUUGCAGUUUGGCUGGAUCCAGAAUUUCAGGAAUAUUUUUAUACCAGGGAACCCGGAGUGAGAGGCUAUCCUAUAGGAGAUGUGACUAAACAACUUCAGUUUAAAAAGGAACACAAUUGUAAAAGUUUUAAAUGGUUUAUGGAGAAUGUAGCUUAUGAAGUUUAUGAAAAGUUUCCUCCUUUACCUCCAAACAAGGCUUGGGGAGAGUUCAAGUUGCAAGGAAGUAACAAGUGUUGGGAUGUUAUGGGACAACAAGUCGGAGGUGGACCUAUAGGUCAAAGUUAUUGUCAUCACUAUGGUGGUAACCAGUUGUUCAGAUUGAAUACUAAAGGUCAGAUUGGUGUUGGGGAACGUUGUAUCAAAGCAUCAGGAGGAUCAACACUACAUUUACAUUUCUGUGAUGUACAGCCCACUGGUCCAUGGAGCUGGGAUGAGAAUACAGGUGUGAUCAGAGAACAACAUCAUGAUAAGUGUGUUGAAGGAAUGCCUGAUGGAAAAUUACUUUUACAACGGUGUGAACCUGGAAAAUCAUCACAAAAAUGGCAGAUUAAUGAAAUUUACACGUGGAAAAGAUAAUGAGAAAUGAACAUUUAUUUAUUCUAGUCAGUGCUCAGUGUUAUUUAUUAAUGGUUACUAUAUGAUAUUUUAAUCUUGAAGAUUAUAAUCUGUCACAUAUGUUGGUGUUAAAGGACGAGUAAAAUCAUGACUGUUAACACAGCAUUAUGUUAUCUUGUAACUAAUGUGAAAUGUAAUAAUAGACUCUGUUCAGGUAGAUUAUUGACAUGAUAUUAUUGUCAGAGGCAAUUCUUGAUUUUUAUUGUGAUUCUGAAAAAGUCAAUUUGUUUUCUAAUGUCAUAGGAAUGAUUCUAAUGUCAUAGAAAUGAUUCCCAUGUCAUAGGAAUGAUUAUAAUGUCAUAGGAAUGAUGAUUGGAAGACUAAAGAGAAGAAUGCAAAUUUUGAUUCCAUUCAGCUGAAAACAAAAGUAGUUAAUUAUGAUCAUUUUUGAAUGAAAUUAAAAAUUUGUAUAGACUUAGGCUACCAACAGCUGAAUUUACAGAGAUUUAAUAGGUAUCAAUAGGGUUAGAGAGUGACCAUUGUACAAAUUGGGCUUAGAUCUAGAUAAGUAUGCAAACUCUUUACAACCUCUAGUUUGAAAAAAGCAUAAAAAAAAUAAAAUCUUUGUAGAAUAAAGCCACUAUUAUUUUUAUAGAUCAUCAGGCUGCACCAAACAAACUCUAUUUUAAUUUUUGUAUUGCCUAGAUUUAGUUGUAAGUGAACAUUUACUUAAAGAUAAAACUUAACUUAUCAUAAACUUUAUUAGCAUAAGUUUAUGUUUUCAUUUGUUCAGCUUCUGUUCAUAUCUGCUCUGCCUAUUUCCAGAUCUAUAUCAAUGCUUUAGGUAAACCAUUUAAAACCUCAUCAAAGAUACCAGGCUUAUAUGCCUAAUAAUAAGGCCUCUGGAAAAUAACAGGGCUUAGAGGGAACGAAAUUUAAUGAUUUGUGAGAACAGCUUAAAAAAUAUGUAGAAAUUUUACUUUGAAAAGAUGACAUUUGAUUGAAUAGGAAUUAAUUUUUUGAAGUAAUUUAUUGAAGGCUGUAAAUGAUUUUCAUUUCGCUGAAGACAGUUGUGGUAGUAAAGUUAAACCUGAUCAAUGAGUUCAUCAGUUAAACCAAUUAUUUACUACCAAUUAUUACUAUAAAUUUCCUCAAGUCAUAUAUGCUACUUACUAGGCUGAUAAAAAAACUGCAAAUUAAUUUCAGUUUAAGUAACAUUGUGUCACAAAUUUAUGUCAUUGUCCAUAUACAUGCAUGUAUUGCCUUAACCUUAAUAUACUCUGAACUCAAAAAUGAGUCAGAUUAAUAUAAAUAUUAUAAUUGUGAUUAAUUUAUCUGUGAUGAUACAAUUUGUGGAAUGAAUGAUAGGAGUUAUUUGAUCUCACCCUAACUUUGUGUUGUUAUUAUCUAUGCAAUUGUUGUAAUAAGUAUAGGUAAAUAUGCAUUACGAAAUAAUUAUUAUAUUCAAAUGCUUUCUUUGAUAUAAUUGCUGUUAGUUGAAAUUCCAUUAAUUUUGGUUUGCUUGAAUAAGAAUGAUAUUUUAUUGUUGUUUUAUCUUCUAAUGUUCUAUUUUCAGGAAUUUAAGUGUUAGAGAUAGGUUCAUUAGGCUUUUGAAAAUCUUAAUAUACAACAAAAAUAGGUGAUGAAGUUUCAAUUUCUUUGUCAUGUUUUACACUGUAGAGCCAUAAUAUUUGUAUGUUUAGUAUAUUUCUUGAUUUAGCAUGCCCUUUCUUACUAAAGCAGGGGUAUAUAGUAAUUAUUGUGUGCUUUCUGUGUUUUUAUUCCAUUGUACUUUGCAUCUAUUUUUUUAUAUGAAAUAAAAGCAACUACUGGUACUGACAAAAAAGGAAGUAAUGUGCCUUAUGUUUUAAUUGCAUAUUGAUCAGAUAAAAGAUAAUAGAUUUUUGACACCUGUUUUAGAUUUACAGUGUGGUAACAAAUGGACCCUUAUAUUUUGGGAAACAAGUCCUCUGUAGCUAUGUUUUAACAUAACUUCUUAUGCAAGUUGAAGAGAAUUUGUUUCCUGGUAUCAAUAAAUCUAUAAUUCAAUUUGUUCACUGAUCCUCCACUUUCAAAUAAAUUUGUUAGUUGACUUGGAUGUUUUGUAUAUGCCUGAAAGCAUUUAUCAAUACAAAAUGGUUUUUUAUGUUUUUUUUCAAACCAAAAAAAUUAAAGUGUGCCAUUAGUUAUAUGCAAGUUUAUUUUAUAAUUUAUCUGAUUUCUUGAUGAUACUUUUUUUAUGAGUGUUGUUGUUUUUUUUAAACAGGAGUGUGUUAGUAUAGUGCUAAGAUAAUAAAAUGGUUUAAUGUGUUUCAAAAUUUUGAUCUUGCAAUGUAAAAAUUUAAUAUAAAUUUGAUGUACAUGUUUUAAUGUAAUUAUCUUUCUUACUUCUUUAUUUUCUUAUAUUUUUAACACUUUCGAAAGAUGACUGUUUUAAUGUGUGUUCAGAAUAUUUAAAAAAACAGCAUUCUUAAAAUAACUCCCACCUACUUAUUUCUUCAUUUUCCGACAGUAAAAAAAGCUACAUUUUGUACUUAUAAAAUAUGUUGUUGUCUCAUGAAUGAAUAUUGUUUUUGUCUUUUGUUAUGUUUUUCAUAAAGAUAUAUAUUAUUAUAUUGAGUCAAUAUUUAAACAUAACAUUCCAUUGUGUGGAGUGAUAUAUGUGGAUGGUAAUAGAUCUAUAUUGCUUGUAAGUAAAUCACAGGUGCUAGUUUGAAUUUAAUAUAUAGCAUAUUGAUAAGUAGUGUGGUACAAGGUCAUUCAUGUAUUUCAAUUCAUUCAAUUUAAUAUUGUAAUGUAAAGGGUUAUCAUUAUGUGUAUAAUGUCUUCAUUACAUUAAAAGCUACAAUUAUAAAAAAAAGAAGCGUUUAGACCUUAGUUUACAUCAAAUGGCUAUUGAUAAUUUUAUGUAUCAUUAGUCUGUAAAUAAAAGACAAGCAUGAAGCAUACAUGGUUUUACAUCAGUAUGUUCUAAAUAAUUGUCAUCUUGUAAUUCAUCAGUUUGUAAACUAUGUAAAAAAGAAAGUUUUGCACUGUAUAUUUUAAUUUAAAAACAACAAGUUUUCUUUAAAAAGCAUUUCUCCUUGAAUUCAAAAAUGGUGCUAGAACAAUUUUAAUCUAAUUUUUUCAUAAAUAAAUGUACAACUACAUAGUUUACAGAGAAAUUACUUUUGUGUAAAAAAAUACACUUUAGAGUACAACACUUGAUUUUGUUGUUCUCGGAAAACCCUUUCUUUUGUAAAAAGAUGAAGAAAGGCAAGUGUUUUAUUUGUGUAUUUUUUUUACAAAAAUCUCAGGCUAGAAUAACAGUUUAAAUACAAUUUUCUAUUUCUCUCUGUAAUUGAACCAUAUUGGUUUAUUUAAAAAAAAAUUUUUUUUUAUCAUAUUUACAUAAGAUUGAAUAACCUUAUUACUAAUCAUACCAAUUUCCUCUCACCAAAACUGUUAAAAAAAAUACAUCUUUAUUUGAUAUCUCAAAAUAAAACCAAAAACAGUAACGAUUUAAUGAUAACCUGGUAAUUUAAACUACAAUUAAAGGGUUAUCUCCCUUUAACAUUUGGCUGAUAAACCCUGUUCUCUUGCUCUUUAAGCCAGCAUUAAUUCAAAUUGAGUCAAUAUUUCUAUGCACCUUCUUGUUUAUCAAAUACUUUGUCAUAAGACAUGUAAUUAGGAAUAUCCAAUGACCAAAAAAUUGCCAGUAAUAUCAUACCUCUAGGGGAAUAACCAUUUUAUCAAUACAAAUAGUAGAGAUAUGGUCUAUCUAUCUGAAUAUGUCAUGUGACUCAACCUUUCAUUUCUCAUAUAAUAUUAACAUUUAAUUCAACUUGACCUACAUUUCGUGCAUGAAUGACUGGUAAAUGCACAUUUGAAAGAUCUUGCAACAGGUAGACAUGUGUGUUAUUUAUAAUUUACAAGCACUGCCAUGACACUGUUAAUAUUAUAUAAUUGGUGUAUCCUAGUUCAUUGACACUGUAAAACAGUAAUGUACAUAUGUCAUUAAAUGUUAUUUACCCUGUAAGUUAUGUUAUUCCAUGGAUGCCAGUUUUAGUUGUUUGUGGGUACAGAUUUCAUUUGUGUUUACUUGAUUUCAUACCUUAACAUUGUCUUUGAACAUUAUCGCUUACAUUAUAUAUAAUACUGAUGUUCAUACUUUGUCUGAACAGUUGAUAAAGGUCUUCAAGGAUAUCGCAGAACUCUUUUUUACAGUGAGAUUAAGACAGCCCUGGUGUAGACAUGUAUUAUUGGUACACUUUUAAAUAUGUAUUGACGGUCAUUAAAUACGUUUAUUCAAUUUAUAGUAUAAGUUCUUCCUACAGAUUCUGACAAUGUUCAUUUAUUUCGAUUCUUUCUUUUUGUGCUACCCCAAAACAAAUAGGCAGUUAAUUACUUUAUCAAGUUUAUCUAGUAUAUGUAUUGGAGAAAAUUUGAAAUUAGAUCUUAAUGAAUAUUUUAGUAUUUAACAAAGAAAGGUCAGUCAUAAUAAAACCACCUGUAUUAUUUUUUACAUAAAUGUUUGGGUACUGCAAAAUAUACUAUUAACCAACUUUGCAUAAAUGUUCAUCUUAUGAUGUCAGUAUCUAAGCAAAAGGUCAGUUUUAUAAACCUUUGGUUCAAAUUUACAUCUCUGUUCAUACGGAAGAUGAUUAUUUAAACAUCCUUGGAGGAGUGUUUUUGUAAGCAGGACAACUUUGAGCCUAAAGCUUUCUGUCAAAUCUAAAUCUUAAAUGACUUUAAUUCAUAUCUCAGAGAAAUAAUUGUCUGAAAUUGCAUACAACCAUCACCAAGUUAAGAAUGGUAAUGAAGCAUAUAGGGUUACGUUUGUGAAUUGGUUUUUGUUUACGAAUAGAUAUUGGUAAUAGUAGAUGGUCAAUGUGCUAAAUGCUUUCAAGUUAUUUUUGAAUUCUUCAACUGCAGUAUGAAUUUACACAUACUUUUACAGCUAAAGGGAGUAUUGGGUGAACUUUGUGCUCACACCUUGUCAAUGUCUAUGUACUUGCUAGAGCUAAACAAUCACUAAAUAUUUCCUUCUAUGUUUAUUCAAAGAUUGAGUUUUAAAAAAAUACUUAAUACUUUACAUUGAUGGUUAUAAAAAAUUCCUUUCUCUUCUGCUGAAUUCAGCAUUACAUACAAAAUUGUUAAAUCAUUUCUUAACUGAUUUGUUGUGCAAUCUUUUAACCAUUAUGAAUCAUGUAUUAUAGAAAUAUUUGAAUGAAUUGUCAUCAUUGGCUGUAUAUUAAUGCAUUCAGAAUUUAUUAUUGGUAAUGUCUAAUAUGGUUGUAGCAUUGAUUUGCUAUAUUGUAUAAAUGGGGAUUUAUGUUAUUUGUAUUAUGUAUUCACUUGUAUAGCAAUACCAUGAAUUGUAUUUUGUUGAAAUAGUGAUUAUGAGUGGAAAAGGUAAUAAAAGAAUAUUUGAAUAGAA